AUAAGAAAAAUAUAUAUUGCCGUCAUUUAAACGCGCCUACAACUGUUUUCCUCCGGCGGGUAAACAUCAUCACAAGGGAAGCAAACAAGAGGAGCAGAAUGUGUUGUGCCAAAUUUGUUUUGCAGAUUUUCAAUUGUGUUGCUCUAUUUGCUUAUCAUCUGCGAAUAUUUGCUCUUGCCUGGCUUAGAAAACUUUCGGAUAUAAAAAGGUCUCCGAAUGUCUGUGCUAUACAUUCACAAUUGUUUCCAAGCACAACUAUGAAGCUAACCACCUAUCUAUUGGCACUGGUCCUGUUCGCCGGAUUCUUCCUGCUGCAGCCUUCCUCCGCCCAGACGAACUCCACCACAUCCACCAACACCACGACCACGGAGGCAACCACUUCGACGACCUCGACCACAGCCAAGACCGUUCAUAGGAAACACUUCACGAUCCACAAUGUUCAAUAUAAAACUGUGCGCAGGAUUCGAGUUAGCAAGAAAAAGUCUGGUUAAUCAGAUGCUCAGCUUACGAAACUAUUGGCAAUGAAAAAUAUACCUGAAACCUAAAUACAUUUUUAAUUAUUUCUAUAUAUA